AUGGCCAUGGAUCGCAUCACCCUGUUGCCUGAUCAUCUCCUUCAUCACCUCCUAUGUUUCCUUGAACUAGAAGACUUUGCACGUAUCUCUGUAUUAUCCAAAGCAUGGAAUCGAAUCUGGCUUUCAGCGUCAAUAUUUGAUUUCAACUUACACUUCUACUACGAUCACAUUGAAGAUAAUCCAUCCCUCAAGUCCAGCAUAAGAGAUGAUAAAAUCCACAGGGCAGCCCAGGAAGAGUAUCUGAAUUCAAUAGACGAGUCCCUCCGGCGACGCCUCCUUCUUAGUUUCAGUGUCUCUGUAGUUGGUAUGUGGAUCAACAUCCCCACCUUUGAAGUGUCAGUCCCUUUCAUGGAUCGGUGGAUGGAUACUACUAUUCAAAGCAAUCUCCAAAAGCUAGAACUGAAGAUCUCUGUUGAUGAUGAUUCAAGUUAUAAGUAUAGACCGCCUCAGAUAUUGUUGUCAGCUAAAUCGCUUACUGUUUUGGAGUUGUAUGAUUGUACUUUAGAUAGCAACUGUGACAUAAAACUUUCUCAACUUCGUAAGCAAGAUUUAAGAUAUGUAUGCUUAUUAGACGAAAAGAUGCUUUCAAAUCUUGCCUUCAAUUUUCCUUUGAUUGAAGAUUUAGUCCUCAGAAAUUGCCAAGGGCUGAAGAACCUUCGGUUGGUGCCUGAAUUAUCACAACUGAAGCAUGUUGAUAUUGACCUAUGGUAUUUGAGUAACAAUAAUGAAGUUCAGUGUAUCGAAAUUACAGUGCCACAUCUUUGUACCCUUUCGUUUGAGGGAAGGCGACGAUGGGAUAGGAUCAGCUUUGGAGCUCUUAAAGAAUUAAAAUUGAGAGAGGCUAUAUGGAUCACUGAUGAGAAAUUUCAAAAUCUUAUGUCCAACCUCCCCGAACUAGAGAAGAUGACUAUGAUUCAUGAAAAGUUGAGUGAAUUCCAGCCUUCUAAACUGCGUUAUCUCAAGAAUGCGUUCAGCAACAUACACAUAUGUAUAUCAUCAAAGAGCUUAGCGGAAUUAGUAUCAGCAGCCUUUUGGUAUGAUACCAAGAAUCUCUCUGUAGCAUGGUCCAUUAGCAAUCCAAAACAGGUCCUCUUUGAUAAGGUCCAACAGGGAAUCGAAAUGGCUGCUAGAAGUCGUGAAUAUGAAUUUGAGGAUUCUCAAGAGGCCGAAGAUGAAAUGAAUCCUGCAUGGAAGUUCUUUAUAAAGUCACAUUUGAUUGCUUUGUACAAGGUUACAACCUUUAGAAUAAAAUGGAAACCCCUUGAACAGGGAGCGCCUAGCCACAAGUCCAUGCGAGGGGCAAACAAUUUCGAGAUUGUGGCAGAGAUCCACAUCCUGAAUACGGACAUGUUGAAAUUUGGCUGGAAGCAUCGCCACAGGGACUCAUUUGCUAGACUCACAAAUCCUUCAUUGGAGUGA